GCACAUGGAAACAAGCAGACAGUACAAAUUACCAGUAUACCAGACCAGCAUUCAACGAAGCAAAUAUAUGAAGAGAAAGUGUGAAGAAUCAGAUCUACUCUUAAAUCGAGCUCUUUGACGCCCAGUUCUACACGCCACACACAUAUUGCACAAACAUGUCUAUCUCCAACGAAGCUUUACAAAAGCUCGUCAACGAAAUUCAAUCCCAGGCCAUUCAAGCCGAGCAGCAAAUCAGUGUCGUUAAAUCUCAAAUUUCUCUCAAGCAACGCGAAAUCCGUAAACUCGAACUCACAUCCACCGAAGUAUCCACGUUACCACCUGACACCAAUGUCUAUGAAGGAGUUGGUAAAAUGUUUGUUUUCAGCCCUACAGCUGAUGUAGACAAGAGGUUGAAUCGCGAGACUAAAGACCUGAAAUCCGAUAUUGAUAAUUUGGGCAAGAAGUUACAAUAUUUAGAAACGACUUACGAGAAGAGUACGGAGAAUAUUACGAGGAUUCUUCAAAGUGGUGGUCGUGCUUGAUGGAAAGUAUCCUCCAUGUUGGACGCAUUCUAGACAUUUGCAUUUUAGAGUUUAUGAAAAAGCUGUGAUCGACCAUUCUCGUUAAUGGCCGGGUAGCUCCUUGGGAAGGAUUUGGCUUGGGAUAGAUGAUUGACUGACUGAUGGUGGGAUUUGGGAUUUCAAGGUGUGGCGAGGGAGGGGGAAUAUAAGUUGUGUGAAGGAGUCAUAUGAACUCCCGAGUCUUUAGAGACAUGCCGUAUCAACAAACAAGCUCAAUCACUUCACAUCACCCUUUCCUUAUCUACUGAAUAAUAGGUUAUGGUGUAUGACUGAACCUCUCACUCCAC